AAAAGAUCUUGGGACUUGAGAGUGCUUGGGAGCCUGAUCUGUGUCGCACGCGCUUUGGGGAGCUUGGGAAGGGAAAGAGGAAAUUGCUCCUGCCUCCGACGAAAGCAAGCGGCGAUGUCUGGUCCGUGCUCGCUUUGCGGCAAGUCGACUUGAGGGUGCUUGUCGGAGGAGCUUUGGAGUGCUUUGGCCCGGCCGAUCCGGGGAGGGGGGCGUUGAAAAAAGAAAGGGGGACGACCAGGGAAGCACGCGGCGAUGUCGACGUCGGGUCCGUGCUCGGUGUGCGGCAAAUCGACGCAGUUUCGGUGCUCUCUCUGCAAGGUAGGUAUAUAUAGAACGCACGGGGAGCGGUGAUGUGGAUGCUGCACGUGUCGGUUGCUUGCUGUCUGUCUGCAGUCACGAUACUACUGCGGAAGCGCAUGUCAGAGGCAGGAUUGGCGGAGCGGCCACAAGGAGGAGUGUUCCCGCGAUUGUGAGGGCUCACGGGAGACCCAUGCCACGGAGAUCAGGUCGACAUCGGAGGGCGAGGUCUUCGGUCGCAGCUUCAUGUCCUCCAAGCCACCACAUGCUCAAGAGGCAAUGGAGUACAUCUGGGACGCCUUCGACUGUGGGGUGGACACACAAGGCUACAUAGACAGACGCCGACUCGCCAAGAAGGCCCUCAAGAUCGACCCCAACUGCGCCGAUGCCCACUCGACACUGGGCUGGUGUCGAAUGCAGCUGAAAAAGCUGUAUGACGAGGCGCUUGUGCUGAUGGACCGUUCGAUUGAGGCGGCCUAUGCGACGGAGCCCGGCCUCAGGGAGGCCUCGCAGAAGGAGGGCGUCCAGCUCCCUUGGGGCAUCAUGGAGAACAGGCCGUUCCUGCGGGCGGUGCACGGCAAGGCGAUGGUGCUGCACAAGCUGGGGCAGGUUGACCCCGCCAUUGGUGAGUGCCGCAAGAUCCUCAAGUGGAACCCGAGCGACAACCAGGGGGUGCGGGUGCUCAUCUAUGACUGGCUGAAGGAAAAGGGCGCCCACCGAGAGGCCGAGGAGUUCAAGACGAGCUGGAAGAACAGCUGGGGCGGCUUCUGAAAGCAACAGAGCGGCCUCUCGGUGUGUGUGUGUGUCAGUCAGAGAGCGGUGCAAUUAAUGCUGUCUUCUGCCUAACAGAAAGGAGGAUGGGAUUGCCAGCUGAUAAUCGAUCAGUGAACAAUCGAUUGAAUGAAUGGAACGGAAUAAGUGAGUUCAUAUUCAGGGACAAAUGAUGCUGCAAUACAGGAUCGGUG